AUGCAUCAGCAGCCGCGAUAUCCGCCGAGGGUCUCUUCGCCUGCAUCCAACUUGCAGACGAACCCGACCAGAACCAACAACCCGAGGGACGGCCUCGGAGCCGGCUCCCGCUCGAGGGCCUCCUCGGGCGCCGCUGGCCAAGACGGCGGCCAGGGGGGCUCUAGAACACCGGAUGGCUCGCCGGGCCCGGGGCCCACCCGCGAAUCUGUCAAGAAGCUUGAUCAGAUAAUACAAAAUUUCCACGUAAAAGCCGCGGUGCUUAUUAUACAGUCAAGGACACCGACAACGCCAACAGCAGCCUCGAGGAAAGGCGACGGAAGGAAAACCAACAAAUGGUUCCAAAUCGAGACGGACGAAAUAGAUGAUUUCAGGGAAGAAUUGCGGAUAUGGAAAACAUGUGGAGGCUUCGAGAACAGGCCGCCCCCCAUGAUAAUGGAAACAUAUCUGGACGCAUCCGACCUUUCGUCCGGCCAAAGCCUGGUGGUGACGGACGACAAUGGCAACAUGUGGGAUGUACUGGAAGCUCUUAACCCCGACUCGUCCAGCGAGGGCAGCUCUUCCCCCAUGCCCCGCAAACGCAACACGGAGAUCGUCCUCGAAAGGUGGAGGAUCGAGCUCAAGUGCCUGCCCAGCGACGACACGGAGGAUUUCGGCCCCACGCUGCCGGCGACCUACAAGAAGAGCAUAGUCUUUUUCAGGUCCCUUUUCGUCAGCACCAAGAUCCUGCCUGCAUGGAGGCUCGCACGGCAGUCGCUGGUAAGACCAUCGACCCAUCCAGCCCUGCAAGUGCGCUGCCGUUUUGUUUUUGGCGACCCCGAUCCGUCUGGCUUCGAUCUUCUUCGCCAGCCGCUCCACGACGGGCGGGACGCCGUCACCGACUACAUUUUUGGAGAUCUUGAAGUCCCAGUCGGGAGGUUCUACGCAUCCGUUUCCUAUCGCAAUGAUUAUAGUUUUCGCGUCGACGACUCCGAGGCUCUCCUCAGCUCUCGAUUCAUGGGCGUUGACGACCAGAUGUUCAAGCCAUCUCUGCCGCAGCGGCAAGUGAGUCGCCGCGACUCCUCGUACACAGCCGACAUGGGCUCUUUGUCGACACGCCGCCAAGAUAGGAAACAGCCGCCAGAGCAGCAGACGUACGGGAGCCUUUCCACCUUCCACGGCGCUGGGGCUCUUGGCGCUAGCCCCUUGUCAGCCCUCAAGGCGGUGCGGCCUGCUGGGUCCGACACCAGUUCUCCGGUGGGAUCGGCAAACGCCAGUGUCGAACCAGAACCGCCACACUCUCUGCCCAUAUCCGGGUACGCUGGCUCUGCUCGACCGCCUUUCAGGGGCGCCGACGGCCACUCCCGGCGCACCUCAGUGUCCUUCCAACCGUUCAAGGCUGGCUCGCUUUCCGGAUCGCCAAGGAUCCAGGACACUGAUGUACCACCAUCGCCCAGCUCGCUAGCGAGACAGUCGGCGCUCGGCGCCUUUAAUGCGGCUAGAAACCGUAACUCGUUGACAGCCGGCAUGGCGGCCUCGCUGCGGGGCGGGCCCCCAGGCUCGGACGCGGCAGGCAGCGCGUCUCCAAGGCCCGGGAGUCGCUACAGCAGUAGUUUUACACACAAGCGAGGCAAAUCGUCGUUUGGAGGUACCAGCAGGGCCGGUGACGAUGACCAGGGCAGCAGCGGCAAACAAAGCUUGUCGUCGUCUGUCCAGCCCGGCUCUGGCCUGCUGGCCGAAGCCGCGGGAGCGAGCUCAGGAUCGAUACAAGCUGAUGACGAAAAUAUAUCUGAGUUCUUGAAGAUUCUUGACAGCAAAAGGACACUUCAGAGCCUGGAGCCGACGGCCAAGACGAGGGAGGCGUCCGCCAAGAGGACCGUGGCACAACUCUCGAAGUUCCAGCUCAUGCGAGAGUCUAACAAUUCGUUGACAGAGUCCAUGUCUUCAUCGAUACAGCUACAGCGAUCGUCGGGGUCAUAUAGCCGGACGCAAAGCGGGCCGGGUAUGUUGAACCCGGCGUCGCUGUCGGCAUCGCUGUCUCCCAGCAAACCGCUAUCACCGCACACUCCGCACACUCCGGCGAUACCGUCCCGGUUGAGUGAAAACGCGAUCAUCGACCAUCAAGCCCAGGCCCAGGCACAAGCACAGGCGCAAGUGACCCACAGAGCAGUGGUUGGGGCCGGUGCGCCAUCUACACGCAGCGGCACCACAAGCGCCGGGUCGGGCCGCCAGGAGGGCGCUACGGCUAUCGACAUACCCCUGUCCCCACGCCUUCAGCAGACGAACCGUCGCUCCAGCUCUGUGGCCCAUCAGAAUCGAGCGCUUCUCGAAGAUGAUGAGACUCCCGACCUCCCGUUUGCAGGAAACCGGAGUAUCAGCCUGGGUGCGGAUAGUCGUGAGCCCGUCUCGAGACUGAGUGGGCUGGGACUGAUAGACAGGACCGGUCCUGGGUCAGCCGACGGGCCAUCAUCACUGCAGCCCGCCGUGGAAAUUCGCUCGUCGGCGGUGGCCCCCAGGUCGUCCGUGUCAUCGACGGAGCCAGAGGACAAGAAUCCGUCAGCAGGGCUCCUACCAGGCACAUCGGCCUCUUCGUACCGCCUGCGGUAUACUGGAAGCAUCGGCCGAGGGCAGCGUCGACCGACUCCCCCGCAGUCCUCGCGUGGUAGCUUCACUGGAUCCGGUUCUGCCGGCAGGUACGGCACGCGUGGCGCCGGCGAUAACGAGCCAGAUGAUGAGCCACUCGUGUUUGACAUGUCAGAGCUUGAGCGGCCGCAGGGGCGGGCGAGCAUCGAUGAGCCACGAGGCGGCGGCGCCCCCUUGGGGACAAGCGAGAGGGGGGGCUAUGAAGCGCAUCACAGCCGGCGCUGGUGA